AUGCCAUAUAGCGCAUAUAGCGCCCGCGGUAUGGCAACGUAUCUUGCCGUUCUCCGUGCCUACCCUAUGGACAUGUGCGAGCGAAGGUUGUCAGUAUUGCUUCCCGACUGUAAGAGAGAACAACACAUGCCGCAGGCGCUGCUAUGUUUUAGCAUCAACUUCGGCACGGGCUUUUUUUUUGUCGGGCCACGGCGGGUGACUGCACCACAGGGCGGACACGGUCUUGGACUAUUUUUGUAG